CGUUUCCGCUCUGCACCCUCUCUCUUCUUCCCCAACGUCUCGUCUUCGCGCCCAGUUCUCUAAUUUUGCCAAAUACCUCUUUAUCCCUAAUUCUCUAAUUUUUCUUCGCCGGCGAUUCAGGCCACGGAAAGUCUAAGUUAAACAAGUUCGGUGGAAGGAAAUAUUAUCAAUUUAAAGACGACCUGAGAUGUCGGCGCUCUUCAACUUCCAUUCUUUUCUAACAGUAGUACUGUUGGGAAUUUGUGCCUGCACUUAUUUGAAGAUGCAUUUUCCAGCAAUACUUGAACAGAUAAUGGGGUUUCGUGGUUUCUUUUGGAAGGCAGCCAGAAUAGGUGAGCGCUUGAGCCCGUGGGUGGCUCUUGGAUGCUUCACAAUGGGUGUGUCAAUUAUCUUUUUCUGAGCCCCAUCUUUUCCAUUUAUUCUGAUUGAAAUUGGGAAGAAUAUGAAGAAAGAAAAGUACGAGCUCAAGCUGAAAUUAGAGCAGUAGGGGUCUUCAAGCCAAUAGGGAUACAUGCAAUGAUAUGAACUGACUUCUUCAUGGGUUUCUUUUGAUUGCUUCCAUCGGCAACUCUCACCGUGUCUUCUUUGUUGUGUUCAUCUUGUUCUCCCAAUUGAAGAGGAUAGCUUCGCAAGAACACCCUUCUGUUAUUGAAGCUUUCGUGGUGGAAGCUUUUUGUUCUCAGCCUUUCCAAUCCAUACUAGAGAAGAUAAUAAUGAACACCGAGCAAAGGUAGUUUUUAUUAGGGUUGAAAACCUGGAGCCGCCAACCGGCUCUGGUAACCGGUUAGCUGGUUAAUCGGUUAGUACCCGAUUAUCCGGACCGGGUACUAUGGAAAACUGGAGAUGAAGUUGGAGGAGCGAUGGCUAGUCUGGGAGGUGAUGCUGAUGCCCAUCCAUACGUUUCCUUCACAAUCAAUCUCAUAUGAUCCGUGCUUAAUCUUAGUUCAUUGUUUGUUACAAAGUCCUAUUCCGAGGAUUCCUCUGGACAGCAAUAAGAAUGGGCAGGAUUCAGUUAUUGUAUAUUAGGUUCAGAAUCCUAAUUCUUUGGUUGUUUAGAUAGAGUUUUAGCUUUGGGAGUUUUGAACGAGGGUGAAAUCCGUGGAAUUUGUAUAAGAUUUAAUAUGGUAAUAUGGCAAUGAGACCUAUUGCUCCAGAUCUGCCUAUGAGUUUACCAUGAAGAGAAGAAUCAAAACAGAGAGAGAGUCAAACCUCAAAUGGCGUUGACGCCGUCAGUUGAGGCACAGAUGCUGAGAUGCAUAACAGAUUCAACAGGAUGCAAUGAGUGAAUGAGUGAGUGACCGAGUGUUGAGUGAAGUGAGGCUGAGGCACAGAUGUGUAAUUUUUUUUUUUUAAAAAAAAAUUAAUAUAUAUUUUUAUUAUUUUAUUAAAUAUA